AUGGAAGAAGAAAAGAUAUUCCACCCCUUUACUGUCAUUCCGAAUAAUUACGAAACCGGGACAAAUUUUCCACACAAGAAAAGGAAAGAUAAUUUCACACGUGUAAUGUCAUUCCAAAAAUGUGUGUGCAAGGAAAUAAUUGAUCGAAUGGCAAAGGAAAAAAUAUUCCACCCCUUUACUGUCAUUCGGAAUAAUUACCAACCGGGGACAAAUUUUGCCCAAACGAAAAGGGGAAAUAAUUUCACACGUGUAAUGUCAUUCCAAAGAUGUGUGUACAAGGCAAUAAUUGAAAGAGUGACAAGCGGCCCAAUGUUCCACCCCUUUAGUGUGAUUCAAAAUAAUCAACAGACGGAGAAGAAUUGUGCCCACGGAAAAGGGAAAAAUAAUUUCACAAGUGUAAUGUCAUUCCAAAAAUGUCUGUUCGAGAGAAUAAUUGAGCAAAUGGCAAGCCACCCAAUGUUCCACGCCUUUAGUGUCAUUCAGAAUAAUUACAGGAUGGGGCAAGAUUUAGCACACAGGAAAAGGAAAAAUCAUUUCACCCGUGAAAUAAUGAGUCCGAAAAGAGAAAUUAGGACUAUCUCUUCCAAAAAGCCUAGAAAGCCAAGGAAUUCCCAGACAAGAAGUCGACUCCCAAAACUAACCAAGAAUGAGUUGUGCAGUAUGAUGUGUAUCAAAGUAACCGAAGGGGGUCUUCGCCUCAAGGAACCGGAGAUUACAUUCCCUUUCCCAAUGUGGCUGAAUAGAAAGAAACAGGACACAGUAUCUGAACAGCCGAAAGAGGAUCCGAUACCACCGUCUAAAGUUAGUGAAAAUAAUUGUCAGGAAAAAAUUGAGACGAAGAAGAGUAAUGAAUCCUUCAAUUCCUCUGAUGCGAAAAAUUUGACAGGCAUUGGUUACUAUCUCUAG